UAUUGUUUAUGAAAAAAAUACGUUAUCGAGAUGACAAUUAUAACAAUAAAAUUACUAUCAAUAUUAACAAUAUUUUUGUAUAUAAAAUUAACAAUAGGAAUAAAUGAUGCCACAGUUGAGUGUCAAAUUGGUAGAUCAUUGCGAAAACAGGUUAAACUAUCACCACUUGGUGGCAUGUGUAUGAAAGACAUAGCCAAUCAUUUAUCAAAGGCCCUGAGACAACUUGGUAACAAUGAACUUGGUCUAACUGAGUAUCAAGAAACACUGGACAAAUUUGAUUUUACACAUAUCACAAAUGAGCCAGAUCUAGCAUUGAACAACUUAGCUUCAAACAUAAACAAAAAACUACAAAAUUACAUAAAUAUCAUUGAAGAAUCAUUGACAACAAUAACUCCAAUAAUAAAUGACUACAAAAAUUAUGAUAAAUCUAAGGGUAUCAUUGAUAUUUGUGAAAUGAUUUACGUUGAGCUUUAUGCAAAAUUAUCAGAUAAUAAAUUAAAAAAUUUACAUAUCAUACCAUUAUCAUUAAAACAACAAAUGAAAAUAUGUGGACCAAGUGAAACACUUCAUAAUAUUGGCUUAUUUAUACCACAAUGUAAUAAACCUAAAAAUAUAAUUAUUUUAAUUGAUCAUGGUAGUUUUAUGACUGAUCAUGACAUUGCACUUGUUCGUAAUACAUCAAAAGCAAUUGUUAAUAUGUUGAGUGAUUAUGAUUCAAUAACAAUCAUUGGUCUUGCUCGACAUGCUUUUGUACAUUGUAAAAGUGGCCUAAUAAAAUCAAUAGAUAUCAAUAAAUUUAAAUUAUUUAAUUGUAUUGAUAAUAUACAAAGAAUAAUUCCAAAAGAAACAUUUAAUAUUGAUUUAAAUGAAUUGCCUAAAAAUUUAACUGACAAUAAUUUUAUAUUUCAUAUUAUAAUUUCACUUGAUGAUAAAACAAAUGUUGAUAAAAUUAAAAAUAUAAUUGAAGAGAAAAAUAUUAAAGUACAUUUACGUACUGUUUUAAUAUUGCUUGAUGAUGUUAAUUAUGAUUUGGAUAAUCAUGAUGAUAGCAUGAUAACAAUACCAUCAAAAAAUUUAUUAGAAUAUGAUAUUGCAAGUUUAUUAUCAACAAUUGAUUGUCCAAUGAUUAAUAAAAAAAAUAACUAUUAUUUAUCUGAUAAUUAUUAUGAUCAAUUUAGUAAAACAGUUUUUUUAUCAAUUCAAAAUAUAACAGAUAUUGCAUUGAUAUCGUUAAAUAUAAAACUUGAUGAAUUAAUUCAAGAUGUAAGAUAUUUUAAUGCUGGACCACAUACACGUGCUAUAUUAUUUAAUAAAAAAAAUCAUGUAUUGAUGCAUAAAAAUUUUCCACGUAUUGAAAUGUUACAAGAACAACCAUUAAAAGUAAAUUUACGUGAUAUUGAAAAUAUUGAUGAUGCUGAUAUCGCUGAAAUGAUAAAUAACAAUGAGGGAAAUAAAAAAUUGAUAAAUAAAUUGGAUAAAAAAAUAACAAUAAAAUGGAAACAUUUAAAAUAUUUGGAUUUAAUAAGUUGUAUUAUUAUUGAUGAUGAUGCUGAUAAUAAAACAAGAUCAGUUGUUAAAAAUUUAUUACCAUUAGAUAAUGAUAUGUAUCAUCAUCGUUUGGAUUUACUAACAAAUGAUAAUAAAAAAAAUUUAUGUAUUAAUCAUGGUACGAUAAUGAGUCCAAUGAAUUCAGUAAUAUAUUUAUCACCAUGGUGUUUUAAAUCAACGACAGUUGGUGAUUUUGAAACAUCAAUAACAUUAUCAAAUUACAUGGCAUAUAUUAAAGAUACAACUGAACUUGUUGCUAAUCCUGGUUUGUCAACAACAGUUAGACAAGAAAUAUCAAUAUUAUCACAAACAAUGAAUUUUUUUAAACAACGUCAUUCAGAAAGUCCUGGUAAUAUGUUUUUCAUACGAAGAUAUGUAACAUCAAUUGAAAAUGGAAUAAUUGAAUUAUAUCCAGGUGUAUCAUUAAAUUCAAAUUUAGAUCCAAAAAGAAGAUUAUGGUUUAAAAAAUCAAUAGAAUAUCCUGGUAAAAUAAUAUUAACUGGACCAUAUAUUGAUGCUGGUGGUUCUGGUUAUGUUGUUACAUUAAGUCAAACAAUAUCUGAAGGACGUCGUGUAUCAUUGCAUACAAAUAAUGAUCCAAUUAUUGCAAUAUCAUCAAUUGACAUGACAAUUGGUUAUAUGUCACGUUUAUUAAAUGACAUGUUACCAUUUUGUAAAGAAACAACAAUUAAAUGUUUUUUAAUGGAUGACAGAGGUUAUCUUGUUUAUCAUCCAUCAUUAAUUGAAUCUGGUACAACAAAAUUUGAACAACAACAUAUUACACAUAAAGAAUUACUUGUUGCAAAUGAUAUAUUAAAUCAUGAUAUGUUUGUUGAAAAAAAAAUAUGUUCAAAUAAUAUUGAUGGUACUAUUAAACGUUAUUAUAAAUUUAAUACAUCAAUUGAUAAUGUAUUAACAAAUAUAAUACAUGGUGAACAUUGUGUUAAAUAUCAGCUAUCAUCUGUACCAGGAACAAAUGUAUUUUUAGGUAUUAUCAAUGAAACAUGUUUUGAAAAUGCAUUUUGUCCAUGUAGUACAAUGGAUCGUGUUUGUUUAAAUUGUAAAAGAAUGGAACAAACUGAAUGUGAAUGUCCAUGUGAAUGCUCUUUAUAUAAUGAUAAUUGUGAAAAAACAAUGACAAAUUAUAAAUUAGAACCAUGUCAAGCACCAUAUGAACAAGGUAUACAAUUAUCAAAUAGCCAUAUAAAUAAUGGAUAUACUAAAACAAUUGAUGAACAACAACAAUCAUCAUCAUUUUCAUCAACAAUUGAUACAUGUCCAAAAAUUGAUUGUAAAUUAUUUGAUAAAGAAGAAGAUUGUAAUGGUAUUAUUGGUUGUGUAUGGUGUGAAUUAGAUACUGAUGGUGAAACACAAUUAAAUACACCAGUUUGUACUGAUGAAUCAAUAUGUUAUCAUGGUGUAUUGGGUUCAUUAUUACCAUACAAUGAUAUUAAUUAUAAUUCACAAUCAAUGAAUGAUAUAACAAAUAAUGAAUGGUCAUCAGUUGGUCCAAUUGCUGGUGGUAUACUUGUUGUUAUAUUAAUAUUUGGUGUAACAUUAUUUUGUUAUAGAUUACACAGUGUACAAACUGAUCUUGAACAUCAAUGUUUACAUUUACAUGGUUCACCAGAUACAAUUAGAAUGACACAUAUUGAUAAUGCAAAUAAUGGUGGUAUUAAUGGUGAUCAAGAACUUAUUGAUAAUGAUAGAAGUAAAAAUAAUAUUGAUAAUUUAUUAUUACAUGAUAAUAUACAACCAAUAUCACCAUAUCGUGUUACAACAAAUUAUCGUAGACCAGCUGGUGGUGAUAGUGAUCAUGGUUAUUCAACAAUGACACCACAUGAUGAUACUGAACAACAAUCAUUUGCUGAGCCAUUAUUAUUUGUCGGUGAUAAUAGUGAACCAGAACUUGGUAAAAAAUUAAUUAUAUCAACACCAGUGCCAACAACAACUUGUUUAGAAUCACCACAUCAUGUGCUUGUUCCAGUAACUGUACAUCAAAAUAUGGAACCCAAUUAUUGUUAAUAAUUACAUAAGACUUUUUAUAUAUUUAUAUUUUUUAAUAUUUCAAGACUUAUUAUCAAUUACUUAAUGUUCGUCCAGUGAAAAAAUAUAUUUUGUUUUUUUUUUCAAAUGACAUUAUCAAGUGCCAAUGAUAAAUCAAUAUUUAUAUCAUGAAAAAUUUGUUGGAUAAAUUUUUU